UCAUAUAAUAAUCUGGAUUGUUGAGUUCAUUUCAUUCCUCACUUUUUUGGCGGGAUUGAGAUUGAAGUUUUGUGGAGGAAGUUUCAAGUUAAAAGACGUUAACAUGUGUGUUCCAACGUUUAUAUCAAUAUAAAUAUUCAACAUGUGAAAGGUGGAAGAAGCUUAGGCUGUGUGGAUUGGUUUGGUCUGUUAAAUGCUUUAUUAAUUUAUUCACAAUUUGCAGGUGAUUGGAUGCUUCAAAAUUCGUUCUUGGUUGAGAUGAAUUUCUUUUGGGUUCUUUGUUGGGUGGUAUCAGUCUCUCUGUUUGUGGCUGCUGCAAACGUGUCAUCUUCAAGACCCGCUGUUGUGAACAUUGGAGCAAUCUUCAACAUCGAUUCCGUUGUUGGGAAAGUGGCAAAAAUUGCAUUGGUGGAAGCGGUCAAGGAUGUGAACGCCAACAGCAACAUUCUUAAUGGAACUAAACUCGUUCUCACUAUGCAAAGUUCCAAUUCCAGUGGUUUCAUAGGCAUGGUUCAAGCUUUGCGGUUCAUGGAGACUGAUGUGGUUGCUAUAAUAGGCCCACAAUCUUCUGUGGUUGCCCACAUAAUAUCCCAUGUUGCAAAUGAGCUAAGGGUUCCUUUAUUGUCAUUUGCUGCAACAGACCCUACUCUUUCAUCGCUGCAGUUUCCUUUCUUUGUGAGGACAACACAGAGUGAUUUGUACCAAAUGAAGGCGGUUGCUGAAAUCAUUGAUUAUUAUGGUUGGAAAGAGGUGAUUGCCAUAUAUGUGGAUGAUGAUUAUGGGCGAAAUGGUGUGGCUGCAUUGGAUGAUGAACUCGCUGCAAGGCGCUGUAAAAUCUCCUUCAAGGAAGGGAUUCAAUCAGGAACUGAAGUUGACCGUGGUCAGAUUACAAGUUUGCUUGUGAAAGUGGCACUAAUGCAAUCUAGGGUCAUUGUUCUCCAUGCACAAACUGAUUCUGGAUUUAUGCUUUUCAAUGUGGCGCGUUAUCUUGGGAUGACAGACAAUGGCUAUGUGUGGAUAGUCACAGAUUGGCUCUCUUCUCUUUUGGAUUCUUUUUCUCUCCCUUCGGAGACAAUGGAUGUUCUCCAGGGAGUACUUGUUUUGCGCCAGCAUACACCUGAUUCAGAUAGAAAAAGGGUGUUUCUCUCCAGGUGGAAUAAUUUAACUGGUGGCUCUUUGGGGUUACAUUCUUAUGGUCUCUAUGCUUAUGAUUCUGUUUGGCUGGUUGCUCGUGCUAUUGAUGCCUUUUUCAGUCAGGGUGGGAUUGUUUCGUGUACCAAUUACACAACUGGUGAUAAGGGAGGUGAGCUUAACCUUAAUGCAAUGAGCAUUUUUGACAAUGGAACGCUUCUGUUGAAGAACAUAUUGCAGAGUGAUUUUGUUGGAUUAUCGGGUCGAAUGAAAUUCCAACCAGAUCGGUCUCUUGUUCAACCUGCCUAUGAUAUCCUAAAUGUGGUUGGAACUGGCCUUAGGAGGGUUGGUUACUGGUCCAACUAUUCUGGUUUGUCAAUUGUAUCUCCUGAGAUAUUGUAUGCAAAGCCACCUAAUAGGUCAAGUGCAAACCAGAAGCUACACAGUGUGAUAUGGCCUGGAGAUACAUUAUCUAAACCCCGUGGAUGGGUUUUCCCAAAUAAUGGUAGACAAUUGAGAAUUGGUGUGCCUAUAAGAGUCAGUUACCGUGAAUUUGUGUCACCAGUGAAGGGAACCGAGAUGUUUAAAGGUUUCUGUGUUGAUGUGUUCACAGCAGCUGUGAACUUGUUGCCUUAUGCUGUUCCAUACCGUUUUGUCCCAUUUGGAGACGGCCACCAAAAUCCAAGUUACACAGAACUUGUCAACUUAAUCACAACUGGUUUCUUUGAUGGUGCCAUUGGUGACAUUGCUAUUGUCACAAACCGGACAAGGAUUGUAGAUUUUACACAACCAUAUGCUGCAUCUGGACUUGUUGUAGUGGCCCCUUUCAAGAAAAUCAAUUCUGGCGGUUGGUCUUUCCUGCGGCCUUUUACUCCUCUUAUGUGGAUUGUGACUGUUUGUUUCUUCUUUUUCAUUGGGCUAGUUGUAUGGAUUCUUGAGCACAGGAUAAAUGAUGAGUUCAGGGGUCCACCUAGACAGCAAAUUAUAACCAUGUUAUGGUUUAGCCUGUCAACUCUGUUUUUUUCCCACAGAGAGAAUACCAUGAGUACUCUAGGUCGGUUGGUGAUGCUCAUAUGGUUAUUUGUGGUUUUGAUCCUCACUUCCAGCUACACUGCAAGUUUAACAUCCAUACUCACAGUGCAACAGUUAUCUUCUUCUAUCAAUGGAAUAGAUAGCUUAAAAGCUAGUGAUGAACCUAUAGGGUUCCAAGUGGGUUCAUUUGCAGAACAUUACUUGGUUCAAGAUAUUGGAAUAUCCAAGUCUAGGCUUGUUCCCCUUGGAUCUCCAGAAGAAUAUGCUAAUGCCCUCCAGCUUGGUCCCAAAAAAGGAGGUGUUGCUGCUAUUGUUGAUGAACGACCCUAUGUUGAAAUCUUCUUAUCAACCCAGUGCACAUUCAGGAUUGUAGGUCAGGAGUUCACUAGAAGUGGCUGGGGUUUUGCAUUCCCUCGGGACUCCCCUCUGGCUGUGGAUAUGUCAACUGCCAUUCUACAACUCUCUGAAACCGGUGAUCUACAGAGGAUUCAUGAUAAGUGGAUGACACGAAGCUCUUGUAGUUUAGACAAUGCUGAAAUUGAUUCAGAUCGUCUUAAGCUUAAAAGCUUCUGGGGUCUCUUUCUCAUUUGCGGGAUAGCUUGCUUUGUUGCUCUUCUCUUGCAUUUUUUGCAGCUUAUGUUCCAGUUAUGGCAAUUUCCUCCUUCAGAACCUGCUUCUAGUGCUAACACAAUUUCUGGUCGUUUUCAAAGAUUUCUUGCACUCAUUGACGAGAAGAAAGAUCCAUCAAGGAGUAAAGGAAGAAAGAGGAACGGAGACGAAAGUUCGCUUGAUGAUCAACCGGGAAGGCAGCCAAAGAGGGUGCAAAUAAUGGCCUAAUCAACACUUUGAUGUCAUUCAUUAUUUAUUGAUCUUUAGCAAUGCUAUCACUGUAAAAAUCCCAAAAUUCAGAGCAUUGCUAAUGUUUGUAGUGAUUAUAAAUUUUUCUUCUCAUAGGAUAUAUCUUGGAACAUAUUUACAAAGAAUAUGUUAUGAACACAGAGAACAAUUUGACACAACACUUAUGUUACAUUUUAUACA